AUGAGAGUCCAUGGGCGCAUACCUGUCUGUGGCAUGAUAUCACAGUACAAUCUUACUCAAUUAGAUGGUGUAACAAAUUUGGCAAAUCUCAUAUUUAAGCGGGUUAAAAUGGAAGGUCUCCUUGUAAAUGAUUUCUAUCAUUUGUAUCCUAAGUUCUUGGAUUUUGUCCUGCCUCAUAUUAGAGAAGGGAAAGUUCUAUAUGUGGAAGACAUAGCUGAGGGCCUUGAGAAUGGCCCUGCAGCCUUGGUUGGUCUCUUUAGCGGCCGCAAUGUUGGUAAACAAGUGCUUGUUGUUGCUCGGGAAUGA